GGCGAGCCUUGAGAUGCAUUUCGGUAAUUGAACUUUAGUCACCCGUCUUCACCAACCGGGAACUGUUCAACCCGACCCGAAAUCAUUACAAAACGCAGAAACCAACCCCAACGCACAGUGGAAGAGAAGGAAGAAAAAACGUUCGUAGUAAGCUCGGAAGUUGUUUUCAGUCGAUUUGAUUCUCCAAAUUCUCCCGGCGGCGAAAGAAAUGCAGAAUCAGGAGGAUAUCCGGAAUCUCCCUAUCGACAUCACCUUCUCUCGUCUCGGAGAAUGGCUGGUUGAUCGGAAGAGGAUUCCGGCGGAUUGGAGGAAGAAAAUUGCGGCGAUCAGAGCUCGAAUUUCCAAGGAGUUCUCCUCCCUGCCGAAGGACUUGGAUCCUUAUUUCCAAACUCUGGACCCUGAAGAGAUUGGUUACUUGGAGGUGAAAAAGAUAUACGAAAUCCUCUCCAAGUCCACUCCAGAGAGCCGAAAUAUAUUUGGGCGGCUAUCAGGUCCUGCUGGUGCUUGGGAAGCAAUUGUGCAAUCUCUUGAAAAGGACCAUAUAUUCCUUGGCGAGGCUGCCCAAACAAUAAUACAAAAUGUGACUUACGAGAUCCCUUAUCAGAGAAAGCAGGUGCAGAAGAUUCAGCAACAGCUAGCAGAACUGGAGCGCAAAGAAACUGAUAUAAAAAGGAGUGCAGCUUUGUCAGCAGCUAAAUAUGUUGAGGCUUGUCAAGAGCUUGGAUUGCAGGGAAACAAUGUGAGGUUUGAACUUCUAGAGACUGCAAAAUCUCUCCCAAGCACAUUCAGCAAGGUUUUGGAAGUUAUAAAUGGUGAAAAUAUGUCAAGAGCAAUCGAUUAUUAUUCUGAUUUUGUCAGGGAUGUUCAUACUGAAAAGGAUAAAUCUUCAGCAGCAGUCUUGUCAAGCUUGAGGGAUAUCCGUGACAAUCCUCCCUCCCUGAAUGUCUCUGCUUCCCAUGAGACUUCGUUGUCUGGAAACCCUCAGUUGAAUGCUAAUAUACUGACAGAUGCAGGAGGAGAAAUUGAUGGUGGCGCGGCAGAUAACAUUAACUGGGAUAUUUCUGUUGAUAGUACUCAGAUUGACUGGGAUAUUGGCACUGUAGAAGAGACAUCAUAUGAUGGUGGAAACGGUUUGGGUCCUUAUGAAAUAGUAGAUGCCAGUGAAAUAUUGCAGGAUCCUUCAAGAAAUGAAGAUGCAGAAUCUGGUCAACAUCCGGAUAUGACUGUAUCAGAAAUCUCUUGGGAUGUUAGUGUGGAAACACCUGAGGUUGAUGUCAUAGACGAUGAUAAUCCUUCCAACUUGGGCACAGGCCAUCAGAUAUAUGCUGCAGAUGACUCUACUGACACUCUAACUCGAAAGGAAGACAGGAGUCUGCUCUUAGAGACUGAAUACAGAAAUAGAAUUCUUGAUGAUUUGAAUGAGGUGAAAGCAUUUUUGAGACAACGGGUGUCGGAGUUGAGGACUGGAGAGACUCAGUCACUGCAACACCAAGUCCAGUCAGUUUCCCCCUUGGUGCUGCAGCAGUAUACCCCUGAUGCCAUUGAGAUGAUGCUAUCUGACAUUUCUUCAACCAUUUCAUUGCUUACCAAUAGGAAAACAAGAGACUUGAUUAUGAUUCUCAACUCCAAAAGGUUUUUGGACAGACUGGUUACCAGUUUGGAAGAGAAGAAGCAUCACGAGUCCAAGCUAAAAGAAGGACUGAAAGACUUGGCUAUUAAACGCAUGGAGCUUCACAAUUCUUUGUCCUCUUCAUGGCCAAAGCAGGAAACGGCUCUUGCCAAAACAAAGGAGUUGAAGAAGCUCUGCGAAAGCACGCUGUCCUCCAUGUUUGAUGGGAGACCAGUUCAUAUAAUCGGAGAGAUCAACGCGUUAUUAUUGAGCAGCGGCGUUGGGGCAUAGUUGUAGCAAGGGAAUCAAUGGUUGGACUAAAUGUAGACGAACUUU